GGGAUCUUGGGAAGUGUGCCGAGGCGGGUGAUGAUUCUAGGUAUGAGUCAAUGGUGAGGGAUGCCGUUGACACGGCAACGGCCAUGGAAAAACUACAUGCGACGACCACAAAUUAUGAUGAUGGUUAUAGGGUUGACAGAGCGAAAGCGAUGGAACCCGAAGAGGCUGGACAUCGACAAGCAGGGGACGAAGGCAGAGCAGCAGACCACGAGAAUCAUCUUCUAGGAGAUGGAGAUGAGAGAGUGGAAUAUAGAUCCACUUCUACUACUACAGAAGAGGCACUUCUCAUAAAGAAUGUGAAUGACCAAGAGGACCACCGAGAACCGCAGGAGAAAGAGACCGCGCGUGCAAGUAGACAAGAACAUCGCGUCGAUCAAGAACAUAAUCGGCGGGGGCAGGAAUACGGCAUCGCACAGGACAACGAGGGGACCACCACGAAGCCGCGAAGACAUAAUCCACCCAUUCUUGGUACUCGCAGCGUACAGAGAACCACGACGCCUCAGAGUCAGAGCCAAGAAGAUGAUCCUCUUGAUCCUGUACAGGAAAGAGAUCAACAACACGAAGUGCUGGACAAUAAUGUUGAUCCGCCUCUUACGACUUCUGGAAAUCUUCCAUUCUGAAAAGCAUCUUGCUGGACCUUCGUCCUCUUACUUGGGGGACGAAAACGGGGGCCCACGAUGAUGACUUUCAUGAUGGAUCAUCCCAGGAAAGUGUUCUAAGCGUCCUUUUCGAGUGGCUGGGUGGGUCGCGCCACCAAGGAUGCAGGACCAUCGGAAAGCACUUGCUUUGUCUGCGGUCGGAGCAUAUCAGUGGCGAGAUCCCUAUCCUGUAUGGACUCGAGUUGCAUUCGAAACUAACGUCCUGCGCUUACGACUCACCUUAGGAUCGGACAAAAACGAAGAAAAGAAAGAUCCGCAGAACAAAGAGAAGAGCAGCGGCACGAGAAUGAAGAUAAGGCUUUUCUUCGUGGUUGUAAUUUCAAUUUGGAUUUGGAUAUUGCCUUAACCUUAUAAAUACUCAUCUUCUGAAAAAUUGAAAUUGUAGACGGAAUUACCAAGUAAGUAGCUUGGUCGUGGGACACAUCAGAUUCAGAAGUUGUGCAGGAAAUAGAAGUUUGUGCAGUGACGAUAUGAACUGAGAUCCACAUGCACGGCAAUGAACGAUUCGAUCUCAUCUUCUAGCGGCGCAUGAACUAAUUCCAUUUAUUAUUGCUCGACACUUUGUACUAUUUACAAAAUCGGUGUGGUGAAUUUGGCGCUAACUUUCGAUCCCGAGGCACGCCAGCCGCCUUCUACUUCGACUGUUGCUCAAGGGCUUCCUCAGCAGCCGACUAGCAGGCAAUAUGCUGGGUUGGAUGGUACGGCUUUUCGCAUCGAUCAGCCAAGUGCAGAGGAAGCAGACCAAACUGAGAACGAGAUCAAGGCUAGUCCGGCUCGGAAGAAAUUACAACAUGCAGGCGUAGAACGUGGCAGGAGUAAGGUAGGCGAGAUCAAUGUCCGUCGUGUGCAAUUGGGCGAAACAGUAACGCACGUUCUUCUGGGUCCGCGGCACACGACCCAGACAGCUUUAGACGACCUUGGCAGUUAAGGAUAACGUAUAAUACAAUAUUCCAUCUAAUCACAUUACAAUCUUCCAUUCGAUUCCACCAAGCCUUCGCUUUCUCAAUGAGAGGAACGGAUUGAUUAAGCUGGGGAUUAGAUGCGUCAUCCUUGGCUCUCCUUCUCAAGCAGGAGAAAACGAAAAGUAUAGAUGCAUUUGCAUAGCCAAGACGGAGGUUGUGGUUGGGGGGAUGAAAUAUUUGAACAGCGGGAUGGACGUUUACAACCCAGUAUUUUCUCUUCUAAGGCAUCAGCCUCAUUGCGCGAGUAGAAGACCUGCGAUCACACGCACACCUGAUUAGAGCGGACGCGAACGACCGGGAAAAGAACACUCAGGAGGAAAUUGCGGAAGGACUUUUGACAGAGUUUGCUGAUUCGAGGAUAUCAGGAGGACCACCACGACCAUCACCACAACAAGAACAAACAGUCGCACCGUCCUCGCAAGCGGUAGCGGUACAACAACCGGAAGCCGUAGCGGUACUAGAAGAGAUUUUUCGCCGUCAAGACCAGGCUGAUCUCGAUCAAGGGUCUGGCGUCGUUGCAUCUUCAGAGCCCGCUAACGCUCUGACCUCUGUCGCAUCAGGACAUUCUUGUCGCAACAUUGUACCUGUUGCAAAAAUGCCGUAUCUUUUAUCACCUACUACUAAAUCUAAAAGAGAGGGCAAGAAAAGCAAAACGAAAACAAAAACGACUGAUACCUCCACAAGUACAAGAGUCGUGGACGGAGAGAAUGGACAAGAAUUGCCUCAUCCUGACAUGCACUCUGUUGGCCUAUUCGUGGAACUCGUGGUGCAUUUGUUUCGAACGGCGUAUCUCACGGAUCUAGAAACUUGGCAAGCCGAAACAUGGGUACCCUCUGGUCGCGACUAUUAAGACAAGCCAACUACUAGCAAAUCAAAGUGCAUCCUCAACGUGAACGACAUUCUUGGAAGCUUCUUUUUCAAGCCGAAAAAGAGCCCGGGAAUGGUCUCAAGGAUGCGACACGGUAGUUCUAAGAAUACACGCCCUGCUGGCGCUCCCGCAGCAGCCUUGUUGAGGCAGAGGCUGCAAAAAAGGCAGAGGCUGCACGCGUCCGAUCUGGCCCGAGUGCCUCUACUUUAUGGCUGGAAUUUGAAGCGAGGUUAUCUAAGUAAUAUUCUUGAGAAUGGUCGUCUUGGACUUGGAGAACGAAGAGGAGAAUCGUUUGAUGUUAUUACACCAUCUCCAGAUCACCUUGCUCGACCUCGAGUUAUUUUUUUCCUGAUGUCGACGCCACACACCGCAUCUACUACGAGUUUGAGUUGUAUCUUCAUAGCUGCUCUCUUUAUUUUUUAUGAACGAUGGUAACAGGGAACACCUACACAGCAUGCAUUUUUAGCGACGAAAGAAGUCACCUUUGUCUUCUAACAAGAAGUUGCAGUGCGUCAAAGACCGCGGUCCCACCAGAUUGGAAUUGUCCCUAUCGAUUGUUGCGACCACACACCAUUCGCCUACUCGCACUAGAUUUCCUGUACAAUCGUGCUGCGAAGUUUGCCGCUGCUACUGGAGGGGCUGCUCGUGUAGUAGGAGACGGCCUACCUCCUAAGAAGGAAGCUACGGUCGGCACAGGCGUACAAGCGGUCGGGAACUUGUUUCGUGGUAAAUCCGCAGAACGCGAGGCUGACCGCUUCGAGCAUUCUAAACAAGAUGGCCAUGGCACUUUGAGGUCCUCCUCCUCGGAAGAUGUUUUAGCACACAACCAUACCGAAGGGCAAGGGCGUCGCAGAACGACUCAGUAUGGGGGUGCUACUUCUUCUGGCAAUUCAAAACCUGUGGUUUUCUCACCGCUGGCGAUUUUCCAACUCCUCAUUGUCAACUUUUUUUAUGGCUAAAGUCAACAUAAUGAUGUGCUGCCCUCGAGUAAUAUUUCUACUUUAUCUAAUACAUAGUUGUUGUCGUGUAGAAGUGUCACCGCUAGCUACUAGCUUUUAGAACUACGAUGAGUGAAUCAUCAUGAUCAACAUACUUAUAUUGUAUAUCCAUCUCCACCAUCCACUUUGCCUAUGUUGGCGUGGUCUCAUCUCCAGCAAGAACAUCAGGAACGCACACACGACGAGAAUAUCAGAUCCAGACAGUUUUCUUCCUUCUUCUAAUGCUAUGAGGAGUACGCGACGAUGCUACGACAGCUCGAAGAAAACGGCGUAAAGCACUUUUACGUUCACGAGAAAUAUCCGAGUAACGACAAGCCUGCUGAAGAUGGAGAGUUUGAGAAUGGAGAGUUUGAGACCAAGUCCACUUUAGUUAAGGAUGGAGAGAUGACGAAGUGCAGUAGCAACGAACAUACCUAAUUUAUUAGUAAAUUUUGGAAGCACAAGCAGGAGGCAAGAUCAAAAAACUCACUCAAGAAAAGCGAAGAUGUCGCACCCUAAAGAAGAUCUUCUAGAGCAAUAUCGUAGAUCACCGCGAAGUGAGUGUCAGCUUUCCGACAACCGGUCGAGAAGCUCUAAUCUGAAAAUCUUUGAGAGCGUGGUGGAAGCACUGAAUCCGUCCCGCGGACCGGUCCUUAGACAGUGGCCGAUUCACAAUCUUCUGGGCUGGGCUGAAGUCUUUUCUUUGCCUGGAGUGUGGGUGUAG